CCGCGCCCUCGCUUCCGGCCGUGGCGGCCUUGGUGCCGCUGGAUUAUAGAGACCGCCGGGACCCAGCGCGGCAUGCUUCGCUGAGGAGCGACGGCGCCAUGAACCUCCUGCCGUGUAACCCGCACGGCAACGGGCUGUUGUACGCCGGCUUCAACCAGGACCACGGAUGCUUUGCAUGUGGGAUGGAAAAUGGAUUCCGAGUCUAUAACACUGAUCCACUCAAAGAAAAAGAAAAACAAGAAUUUUUAGAAGGAGGAGUUGGCCAUGUGGAAAUGUUAUUUCGCUGCAAUUAUUUAGCUUUAGUUGGUGGUGGAAAAAAGCCGAAAUACCCUCCCAACAAAGUGAUGAUAUGGGAUGACCUGAAGAAGAAGACAGUCAUCGAGAUAGAGUUCUCCACAGAGGUCAAGGCAGUCAAGUUGCGGCGAGAUAGAAUUGUGGUGGUUUUGGAUUCCAUGAUUAAGGUGUUCACAUUCACACACAAUCCCCAUCAGUUGCACGUCUUUGAAACCUGCUAUAACCCUAAAGGCCUCUGUGUCCUGUGUCCCAACAGUAAUAAUUCCCUUCUCGCCUUCCCUGGUACCCACACGGGCCACGUGCAGCUGGUGGACCUGGCCAGCACUGAGAAGCCACCAGUGGAUAUUCCUGCACAUGAGGGUGUUCUGAGUUGCAUCGCCCUCAACCUUCAGGGAACAAGAAUUGCAACUGCAUCUGAAAAAGGGACCCUUAUAAGAAUAUUUGAUACUUCAUCAGGGCAUUUAAUCCAGGAGCUACGAAGAGGAUCUCAAGCAGCUAAUAUAUAUUGCAUCAACUUUAAUCAGGACGCUUCCCUCAUCUGUGUGUCCAGUGACCAUGGCACUGUGCACAUUUUUGCAGCCGAAGAUCCAAAAAGAAAUAAACAGUCUAGUUUGGCAUCAGCCAGUUUCCUUCCAAAAUACUUCAGCUCCAAGUGGAGUUUCUCAAAGUUUCAGGUUCCCUCAGGCUCUCCAUGCAUCUGUGCCUUUGGAACAGAGCCCAAUGCAGUCAUCGCCAUCUGUGCCGACGGCAGCUACUACAAGUUCCUGUUCAGCCCCAAGGGUGAGUGUGUCCGGGAUGUGUGCGCACAGUUCCUGGAGAUGACUGAUGACAAGCUGUGACUGUCUGAGAGCACAUCUGAUGCCACCACCCAGUGCCCCAUGGACUCCUGGGGCUGGUGCCCGUGCCCCAGGCCUGUGGAUAAAGGGGCUUGAGGACGCCCGGGACCUUGGUCUCGAAGCCAUACAUGGUUGUCUGCCUUCCUGAGCAAGGCUUCCUGUUCCCAUAUUAAAGAGAAUCAUCAUCAAGGUCCCACAGAUGCUGUGGGCCUUCCCGCCGCUACCCUUUAGUUCAACUGUGAUGUUAGAGUUAGUGGCUCCACACCCUCAUGCUAGCAGGAUCCAUGCAGACCUGGGGACAUACCAAGAGCAGCAUGCAUCAGUGGAAGCUUGUUUUUUACAACAGACCAUCAAUUUUCAAGUCUGUAGGAGCGAGGAAAAAGCAUGUCAGGGCUCAUGUGCUAGGCCAACUUCAGUAGAAUUAAGUAAAAGCCCUUUGACCCAGUGUGAAGAUGCAGUUCCUUCUGCCACUCAUGAAGAACCAGCUAGUUCUCUUUAGCGCAUACACUGCAGAGUUCUCUUGUUCAUGAGUUCUAUAUGGUCUCUGUGUCACAUGUGGGCCCUGUUGGAGUUGCUAGGACAAUUGUGCCCCAAACCUGCCAGUGAGUAGAAUGAGUAUGACAUCCACCUGCACUCCAGUCCUUGGGCUGCUGGUGUGAGAGGGGUCUCCUAGUUUUGUUUAAAAUGACUUCCCCAUUAUCAGUAGGGAACAAAUAAGAUUUAGUUUUUAAUGCUCACAGAAGAAAGCAUCAUUUAAGAGGCCUUCUCAGUACAGUGCCCUUUGGUGACCUGUUGUAUGGUGGGAACUGCCUUGGCCUGUGGCAUCCAUUUCUUCUCAUUUCUCCGGACAUGCGUAGAACACACUAAUACUGGGAAUGUCAGGCACAUCCUUGGUACUGACACAGGCUUUGAGGUCUGUGUAUUAGUGCCACUUUGAGGUGUAUGUUUAAUUUUCCUAAAUCCCUUCUAAGCUCAGUUUUGCGGUUUUGAUUUCAGGUUACAAAUAUUCAGAAAUUCUGCACAGCAGGUUCUUGUUUGCCAGUUCCUUUACUGUCCUGUACUUGGCUAACUUUGUAUGUGUAUCCGAUGUCAAGUAUGCAUGUUAUCUUUGUGUAUUUAAUCAUGAAACUUAAUUUUGCACACUUAUUUGUACUAUUUCUUUUAAAUAAAAGUGACUAAUUUUGUUGUACCUGUAA